GUUGUUUUCGACAUUAAAAUCAAUAACAGAUUAAUCUGCCUCGGAACAGAUUGUACAAAUUCUUUCCUCAACUAAACCAUCAAUUUGCCAACUACCCACUGUAGUCUCUGGUGGCCGCUUUGGAGAUUAGCAGUACCUCCUACACUCUUCCACAAAGCCUUGAUUACCAUCAACCCCGCGUAGGUUAUCUCUUACAUAUUUGUACCAUGUUCUCACCCCCUGGUCUACCCGACACUGUUCCACUUUAGCUCUCCAUCAUACCACCCUUGUCGACCAACAAUAUGAACUACAGACUGGCUCAGACUCAUCAGAUGCCUCUUGAACUUGCACCCGAGCAAGUUACUGCUCAAAGCCUCCCCUGGGACAUGGAUGAGUACUUAUCUUCCGAGUAUUUCUCCAACACGUCCAGCUCACCCGAGCUUGCUGAUUAUGUGCAAGCUGGUUACCCCUUCAACUACGUGCCGAGCUCUGAUGCAGCACCCAGCCACGACGCCGACAUGCAAUCCCCGACCAACAGAACGAACGAAUGUUCUACUACAACAAUACAACAGAGCCAGUUGUCAACACAAAUGGUUCAGGCCCCAUUGGUGUCCGAGGUUCAACUCCGAGAAGCAUCACACAAGCCCAAAAGCCGCAAAUACCAGGUGCCUUCAAACACGACAGCACACAUCCGAGAAUGCCACCACCUUGCCGAGAAGCAGUACCGCACUCGGCUCAAGUCGCAGUUCGAGAGUCUUCUAGCGGUGCUGCCAGCGUCAAAAACACGCACCCUAGCUGAUAGAGACAGCAUGCCAAGCUCAGGGCAGGUCUUGAGCAGGGGCCAAGUACUAGAUCUUGCGCGAGGGCGUAUUCUGGAGCUGGAAGAAGAGAUUGAAAUCUUGAUAAGUGCCACGUCUAAUGGCUAUAUUCAGGCAGGUGAUAACCACAGCUUCGACGGACCCAUGACUGUAUCACUUUCCCAUCCAAUUCUUUAGCAGGCAGAGUUGUGAGAAAAACUAAAACAGCCUUUAACUCCUAUAAUCUAUACUUAACUAUAACUGGAAGUCUAUUCUUCAACUAUUUAACCUAGAGUCACUGUUCUUUCAACUACACAACCUGCCUCCCAGAAAUCCUUGAGUACAUAACAACAAGCAGCCCUAUAUGUAACCCCAUUAUCUGUAUUUAAGACCCAGAGAACGUUGAAAAACUCAUAUACCAUUCCAUCUUGAUAAUCUCCUGCUGAACACUGAAUCUGAUUCUCGUAUUACUACUGCAACGAC